AUGGGAAUUGACACCGACCAGGAACGAGAUCCACCAGCUUCUCCAACGCCACUAGAAUUCCCUCAAUAUGUCGGAUUCAAUGACAUAGACGCUCAAAGUACAACAGACUUUCAAACCAUCUACCGGAAUCUCUUAACACUCAGGAAACCUCAGGACAUUACAAUUGAUCAUGUUAGGGCCUUGAAUCUGAGAAUCGAGACGGACGUAGAGGCUCUUCAGAUCAUUUCUGAUGAGGAUCUACAAGGUCUACCCCCAUUGAUCUGGGAUAGAAUGAACGAUGAUGACGAAAAAAAUCCAUCUGAAGCCCCUAAGAUGGCAAAUGGCGUCCCUUACCCACCCUACGAAAAAUACGAAAUUGUCAUGAAGGAACUAUUGAUCGACAGUGAUGAUGCAUUCAGAGAGGCUGCAAGAAUGCCACCCAAGCCCGGACGCGAUAGAGUGCGAUUGACUCAGACACGGAAAUUCUGGUCAGGACUUGAGCGGAUGGCGCAGUAUUGGGACACCAGCCAGGAUGAAUAUUAUGAAAGACCGGUUGCAGCUAAACCGGAGAGCAGUCAAAUUGUCAAUGAUACCCAGCAGCAAGAACCUUCUUCGGAAACAAGCGUCAGUAGCCCGAUGGACAUGAGUGAAUCACCGACUGAGGAAACCAAAACCUACGAACGUGUCUACAAGGGGAGGCGUGUUGGUACAGGAAGUGAAAUGCCGUCUGAUAUCCGUGAAGAUACGAUGAGAGGACUUAUCGAGAUGGUUGCAUGGCCUUUUCAAUGUCAGGCAUCUGUGCCUGCAACGCCGCCAAGGUUGAAUGUCCAAGGUCUACUAUUCCCCGUACGCCAUACGUUGAUAUCUGGCAGAGUACCCCAGGAUCGCCAGGCUGCACGAAGCGGGAUACUAGAGGGACCCUUACUAGGCGUUCAAUGUCGGGAGGAAACAAAAUUCAUCACAGAAGAAGUAGGAUCUUGGAGCAAAGAGUAUUGUGACUUGUUCCGUGAAGUCGGUGCUAUGCUCCUAUUAGCUCAAGAACGUGCUCGUGAAGGCGAGGUUGAGGUCAAACCGGGAGAGGGCAAAUGGUGGACCACAGUUCCUCGAUUUGGUGGUGCUGAACAUGAAGGUGUCACGGGCGAAGCAGCAAAUUCGGAUAAUGCAAAAGAGAAAGAAGAGCAAAAGGACAAUGACAACAACCAACAAAGUGUGCAUAAGCGUUCUCGCUAUACAAAUCCUCUCAUUUCUUCACGGCGGGCAGUGCGAACACGAAGAUUGACGCCUAGCGAGAAAUGGAAGGUUAUCGGACCUGGGGCUAGUUUGUGGGAUAAAAGAAUGAAGUAUAUGCAGAUUGGAAAGCCAAAUGGCAGUCCAUAUGACGACGUAAGUUGCGUCACAACAAACUGA